GUCAGUUUCCGCAGAAGUAUUACGGCUUUCAGUUACGCUAACCAGACAACGCAAAGUCCGUAAUAGGGCCACCCCAGGAAAUAUGCCCACUGCAACGAAUUAAAAGCUGUCCGCAUGUUCAGUUCAAGAUGGUGCUAGAAGGCAUAGCGAGGAUCAUAAAGCACCAGCUUCCAGCCUACCUCAAAAAACUGCCGCUACCUGAAACUAUCGGAGGCUUUGCGCGUUUAACGGUUUCAGAGUGGCUGCGAUUGCUCCCCGUCCUGGGAAUCCUGGCCCUGCUGGGCUACCUCACCAUACGGCCCUUCCUACCAAAGAAGAGAAAGCAGAAAGACAGUCUAAUCAACCUGAAGAUCCAGAAGGAGAACCCCAAGGUGGUCAAUGAGAUUGACAUUGAAGACCUGAAAAGCCCAAGUGCUUGUUACUGCCGCUGCUGGCGCUCUAAGACGUUUCCUGUCUGCGACAAAUCCCACAUAAAACACAACGAGCUGACCGGCGACAACGUGGGCCCCCUCAUACUGAAGAAGAAAAUUCUAUAAUCCACACUCCCGAGUGGAGAGGUGGUGCCAGUUGUAAACCCCGCCUCCUAGUGGGAGGUAUUUGUAGUUCUUGCAUCCUUUAGGGAGGGGCCAAGUUUUCCAUUUCCUGUAGUUUUUUUUUCUUGCUAGAUUAAAUACAUAUACAGCAUGUGCAUUUAGACUUGUACUAUAUUGUGCAGAGAUAAAAACCUCCGAAAAGGAAUUAUGUCAUUAACUACUCAGAAAUGCUCUUAUUUAAACAGCAACAUUGACUCUUGCUUUUAUUUGCUGUUAAACGAGAACGGGCACAGCCCGUGACGCUGGUGUUCCGAAACACCAGGGCUUGAGAGUUGCGGCCUGGAUGUACGGAACUGGCAUCUUAUUGAGGCCAUGGACGUCUUGAACCUGAACACUUAUGGAUCAGCUGGGGGAUGUUAAGCUGGAUUUGCGCUGGGCUGUGUUUGUGUGAUACUGAGUAGGUCUUUACUCUAACCCAUUUGAUUUUUAUUUGUUCCAUAAUUAUAUUGGAUGUUUUUUUUUGUGUGUUUUAUUUCCAGUACGUUCUGUAUCUUGGUUAUAGAUGGGGACCACAUUUGGUAGAAAAGGAGUAUAUGUAUCAUAAUUCUUGGUUUGUAGUCUGUUCAGGGGGCUCUUGGCUGUCAAACAGAAUCCGGCUGCCCUGAUUUUUCCUUGUUUUCCUCUAUUCUGUCUGCCUCCUUCUGCUGGAUUUCACACUCUACUAACACGCGACGGAAAUGCCGCAGAUGACCGACCCGUCCGCUUAGCGCGGGGCGGGACUGCAUCGGCUUUGGGUUCCGUCUCUGUCGUUCUGAGCUCCCGCGCUGAAUGUUCUUCUCAUGUGUCCCUGAGAGAAAUAAAUCUCCACCUUCGGGUUUUUAA